AUGUCUGAUAACAAGAAGCCAGAUAAAGCUCACAGUGGCUCAGGUGGUGAAGGUGAUGGAAAUAGGUGCAAUUUAUUGGAGUGGCUGUUCUUCUUUGUUGCCACCACAGGUUUUCUGGCGUUCCAGUUAAUCCUAGACGCCAUUUAUGAGCAGCAGUAUGAAAGGGAUGUGGCCUGGAUAGCCAGGCAAAGCAAGCGCGUGGCCUCAGUCGGUCGGGAGGAUGAAGACGAUGAUGAGGAUGAGGACGACUACGACUUCGAUGAUGAUGAUGAUGACGACGACGACGAGGAUGAGGAAUUGGAGAACCUGAUGGAUGAUGAAUCAGAAGAGGAUGAGGAAGAUAUGAAUGUGGAAAUGUGUGCCGGAACUUCCUGCUGCCCAGUUAAUAUACCUAACUGUCACUGUGCUCCUAACCAACAUGUAAGGAAGAGCGAAUUGAAGUGUAAGACGAUUUAUUUCUUCCACCACCCUAAUAUCCUGCUGUCAAUCCCACUGUACUAUAAGAUAUCACCGGAUGGUGGGCAUGAAAAUGCUCAUGAAGAGGCUGAAGAGGAGGAGGAGGAGGAAGAGGAGGAGGAGGAAGAGGAAGAUGAAAUGGGAAACCUGGAUGGAGAGUAUAAAAAGAACCUAGACUUUGCAAAUGGCCCCUCACCCUAG